AAAUACACACUGCUUUUUAUAACAAGCAGGAAAAGAUUUCCAACAACCGAACCAUCAUUUCGCGGGGCGGUAUUGAAAGACAUAACGUGAUUGUUGUUAUACAUUUCGCAUGAAUAAAAACAUGCGAUUUUAAUGGAAAUUCCAUUAUAGUGGUUGUAUUCACGAUAGAUGGGCGCUGAAGCGGUGUGGGACAAAGUGAACUCACUAGCGAUGCUUUGUGGGUAAAGUGCGUCUCGGUAUCCGCCCAUAUUCGCCAAAAGGAGGCCAACCUGAGCAACUAGGCCGGCGGACGCUGGAGCAAAUGGAAAGUUCAAUCGAUUAAUUUGCUCACUUGUUUUUGCCCGAUCCCGCGUGCUUGUGACGCCAAGUGAACGGGUUUCAUGCGGGCCUUUCAUUGUGGAGCAGGCAAUGCAGACAUCGUGUAAAACGAGAGGACGAUCAGCUUGACUCAGUUUGUCGCCACUUCAGACGCGGAACUCCAUUCGUUUAAAGGUGAAUCAUGACAGAAUAUAAACUGGUUGUGGUGGGAGCUGGUGGCGUUGGCAAGAGCGCACUGACCAUUCAGCUCAUCCAGAAUCACUUUGUAGAUGAAUAUGACCCCACCAUUGAGGACUCUUACAGAAAACAAGUGGUGAUUGAUGGGGAGACGUGUCUACUGGACAUCCUGGACACUGCAGGUCAGGAGGAGUACAGCGCCAUGAGAGAUCAGUAUAUGAGAACAGGGGAGGGCUUCCUCUGUGUCUUUGCCAUCAACAACACCAAGUCCUUUGAGGAUAUUCACCACUACAGAGAACAAAUAAAGCGGGUGAAAGACUCCGAGGAUGUCCCCAUGGUGCUGGUGGGCAACAAGUGUGAUCUCCCGUCCCGGACAGUGGACACCAAGCAGGCUCAGGACUUAGCACGAAGCUACGGCAUUCCCUUCAUUGAGACCUCAGCAAAAACCAGACAGAGAGUGGAAGAUGCCUUUUACACUCUGGUUCGGGAGAUCAGGCAGUACCGCCUCAAUAAGCUCAGCAAGGAAGAAAAGACUCCGCGCUGUGUCAAGCUUAAAAAGUGUGUUGUGAUGUGAAUGGGGGAGUCGACGAUGCCUUUUACACGUUAGUACGAGAAAUCCGCAAGCAUAAGGAGAAGAUGAGCAAGGAGGGCAAAAAGAAGAAAAAGAAGUCCAAGACAAAGUGCACACUCAUGUGAAAAAUCCGAAAAAGAAACUAUGUUGAACAGAGAAAGUAAUACAUUUUGUACAUCACACUAAAUUAUUAGCCUCUUUCUCAAUACCCUCUGUAACCAAUACUAAAGCUGACCCACUUUGUCUGCCUUCUUAUUCUUUGCUACAUGGACACCAAUAAGCUUUAUUUCUUGUAUAGUGGCAGUUUCUCACACGCAUUGGUUUGAUUUUUAUGGGUGAUGUUGAUUUAACAAGGCCCCGCCCCCCCCGGCUGUUGGUAAAUUAUGUCACGGCACAUGCCUGUCAACCUUUUCCAUGAUAAUUGAGUCUUCAGCCAUAGGUUUUUGUCAUGGCAUGCCAAAGAACAACAAUUGGUCCCUCGUAUGUGCUAAUUUCACUGAUAUGUAUGCAUGAUGAUGAACUCCUUUACUAGUCUUCAAAAGUUCUAACAAGUUAAAAUAGCAAUUAAUGAUUUGUUUGUAUUUUGUGGGGAGUGGUGUCUUUGUAUUUUUUUUUUUUUGCAUGCAUGCAUUUUUCCUCAGAGGACAUGCAUGAAGUGUGUGGUUGAUUGGAAGGGCAAGUCAAGAUCAAGUCUUCUGUAAUGUUUACUUUGUUGUUCGUACAUGACUAAUUUUACGAUCCUUGUUAGAUCUGUGCUUUAUUUGCUGGGUUUUACACACCCACAAAAGUAACACCUUAUUUCCUAUGUGCUGUUGUUUAUAUGUUAAAGGUUUGAUUGUAGGAAUUUUUUCUCUCAAUCUUUUUUUCUCCCCCCUCCCCCCCAAGCAGUCAAAGGCAGACAUAAUGUGUAGGACCACUUUUUUUUUUUUAUAUAUAUAUAUAUAUAUAUAUAUAUAUAUAUAUAUAUAUAUAUAUAUAUAUAUAUAUAUAUAAAUCACAACGUUCUCAUUGUUUUUAGGUAAAAUGAGAUUUUGCAUAUUCCAAUAUAUCCUCUUCAGACCUAAAGAUUAGAAAUACUAUUAAAAGCGACCAGGCAGUGUUUGUGGUUGUGAGCGGUAGAAUGCAGCUUUCUUAUAUGCUGCUUGUUAUCAGGUUUUCCUUUAAAGGAUUUAGUCCCUUCAAACUGUUCCAAUGAUUUCAGACUACUUUAGAAAGAAGUUAUUCAGCAAAGUAAUUGCUCACUUUUCGUGACAACGUUGUUUGUAUGUAAAUGAUGCUAAGUUGUAAAUGAGGCACAACUUGCCAUAAAAUUAGCCUCUUUUGGGCAAUAUUGUUUAAAAAAAAAAGUACAAACUUCUCUUGUGGGUCAGCUUAUAUUUUGCCUUUCCAUGUUUGAUUUGAGCUUCGUUCCCUUUAGCAGAUGGGUCUGCCUUCCAGGUUUGCAUCAGAUUCUUUUGUAGAUGGGAGGGAGACGUUUCGAUUGACAACGUGCUCAGAAAAUGCACAGGAAGCUUUUUGAACAUUUCAGAGUUUCAAUAAGAGACCUUUGCCUUUUACAAGUGCUUUGAUUCUUCAUUGAGUUUGUUCCCAGAAAGCCGGUUUAAUGACGGCGCCCCAUUUGAAGACUUUCACAAUCAGUGUUUUGCUGGUUCGAAGUUAGUGGCCCCAUUAUGUUUGCCUAGACGGCACGGCACAGGCCACUCAGGAUGUCGCUGCACCAGUUUAAAGUUCCACUGGGGGUCAGCCUAGGCAUUUUGAAGGCUUUUAAAGGUUGUCUUUUACCUGUUAAGUGUUUUGUUUUGAACCCUGAUUGUGUGCCAACAGCUGAUUUGAUUUCUCACAUGAAUCACUUAAACCUUGAUCAUAUGUUAUGAACCUUUGUAUAGUUGUGAUACUGAAAGGUGCAUAUUUUGUAAAUUGCUGUGUGUUGUCCAGAAUGUUGCUUUAAUGGACUUUCUCUGUGCUUAGUAUGUGACUAGUGUGUCUGUGUCCAGGGUUAGGGGAGUGAAUGAAUGGCCACUUUGCAACAUGUCGGGUGGUAAUCUGAUCUCAAAUGCGUCUAUUUUUUGCCAUGAAUCUCACCACUCCUAUUUAAUGUGUAUUAAAGAACAUCAAAAGUAA